CAAAUGUUUUUUUUUUAUUGUGACUUAUGUACAUUUUUUAAGGUGUACCUAAGAAAUCAAAGAGAUACUUGUUGCCGAAUUGCAUCUUGUUAAUUUAUUUCCGAAUUAUAGAAACGAUGUUGAACAUAUGAUAAUCUUACACACGAUUAUGUAUCUUCCACCAGACAAACAUCUUACAUCAAUGUUUUUAACUGGUGCGGAAAACUUAUCGCAUCUCUCCAAGGUCAUAUCUCGGUUGACUCUGAAGUUGAUUUCGCUUUCCGCCUUAACCCGACCGAGAGCAAACUUCGCAACUACUUAUUCGUCGCGCUGCGCUUUUGCACUCCGGUUUUCGCCAUGUGACAAUAUGCAUCCAUGCCAUCUCAGCUCUUAAAUUCGCAGCGUGGAAAACUCGGCUUAGAGAGCUAUGCAGGAAAAGCAAUCGCUCCAAGGGGUUAAGCAGAUACCUAUUCGUUUAGUAGUGAAAACUGCGACAAAAAGAGGGAGAAUGAGAGUGAGAGGCUUUGCGCCACAAAGAGAUCAGAUUUGGAUUUGCGCUGGCAGUUUGGCGCGCAGGAGUUGGAAAUGCUUGGCGCUAAAACGUGAUCGCAGUUUAUCGGUGGACAUUCGCGACGUCGGUUGCAUAUCGGGACUACUAGGCUAGUAGCAGUGAAUUGCAUUUAACGAAAAAAGUUAUAUCAGUAGUUUCGUGCGGUACAAUGAAAUCAGUUCUAACGAUUAUUUCCAAUUAACUGUGACCAUACUUGAAGUUUGUUGUGAUUUUUCAGUUUAAAGGGAAGUUAAGUGUACAUAAUGUCCGUAAUAGGCAGAACAAAAAUAAUGUUUCUGACUAUUAUGAUUAUAAUUGUUCAUAUGGCAGAUGCUAAGCGUGUUGACCGUUCAUCGAAAAGAACCCGAUCUCAUCCACCAGCGGAUAAAUUUGACCGUGAUUUGGCGAUUAUUCGCAUGAAAGAUAGAAUCAGGAAGGUUCUCAAUGUUCAAAAUGAAACCAACACAAUAAGUGAACACAUCCUGUCGGUGUUUGAUGUGGAAAAUAUCAAUCCGACCUACGUGUUUCUAUUACCAAGUGGCGAGAAGAACGGAAUACGCAAGUUGAUCUAUCAAAAAAGUGACUUCUUAGAAGCAGAAUAUCCCAAUGUUACAUCGUUGAAUAAGUUUAAACGAAGUUUGAACUCCUCGUACAGUGUGAUAAGUGAAGUUGACUAUCCAGAUGUGGAUUUGAAACCAUUCGCCAAAAGUGUUGACAACGAAGACGCUGAAGACACCAUGCUAGAAAUUGUGGCAGAUAAUAUUCGAACAGAACGAAAUUUUAUUGAAUUCAUGGACGACUUGAAUGAAGAUUUGGAAAAUGAGCUGAAACGACAAGCCCUGAAAUAUGAACUUAAAACACAAAGCAAUGUGCCUCCCAAAAAAUCCCACCUUUUCACACCAUAUGCUUACGUGAACACACAAACGGUUGGGUGGGAAGAUUUAGGUUUGGAAGGUUGGAGUGGAGGGCUGAGAGAAGUGAAUAGUCAUCGAUAUGAGCAGCCUGUGUUAAAAAGGCCAAAACCAGAAGGAUUCCAUCAUGAGCCAGUUGUAAGUAUAGAUGCCAGUUUCAAUCCGUUGAAGUUCUUCAGAACUCCUGCUCAUACGAAUGCAGUCCAACAGAGCGCCAUAAGCAACAGUUCAAUAAACGUUCCAGUUUCACAGAAGAAGAACAAAAAUUCAGCAUUAAUAUUGAGUGCUGACCUAGAAGAAAAACUGGAAGAAGUUUAUAACAGAACAAAGGCCAUACCGAUAAAGCCUCCUCGAUGGCCGAUUACCAACAGUCGGAAUGCACAUCGAGAUGAAGACGUGUUCAUAGCUCGUGCCAACAAUCCAUUCGGACACUCUACUAAAUGGCGUUGGAGUAACGAAAGUGAAGAACUGGAAAAAGACACCGAGGAAGCAAACCAGCAGACACGAGAAGGUCGUUCCAAGCGGGCGGUUUACAACUUGUACUCGAUGAUAAAGUGUGCAACAGGCUGUGAUCCCAUCAUCUACAAAGGAUACGGCUGCUACUGUGGAUUCCUGGGAUCGGGCCAGACGGUGGACGGAAUUGAUCGAUGUUGCAAAAUGCACGACUAUUGCUACUCCAAGGCAAAGUGUCUCAUGUUCCUGGAGUACUUUGUACCAUAUCUGUGGAAAUGCUACAAGGGACGACCGUUAUGUGCUAUUGACCAUGGCGAAUGGAACGGCCCGAAUGCCUGUGCUUCGCGAUUAUGUCACUGUGACCUUUCCCUCUCCAAGUGCCUGAGACGAUACCAUUGUCCUAGAAAGCGAAACGUUUGUACUACAUCACCACUGAGGCUGCUACAGAACUUGAUCAUGGUUUUUUGAUCGCCCAGCCGACCUGAAGAGAUACCAAAUACUCUGAAUGCCUUCGUUUUCAUUCCUCAAGUACAAAACAAACAUCUGUAAAUGUAAAUUAGGUUAAGUUUUGCUUUUAUUAAAUAAUUUUUCUAUUGAUAGAAAAAAGUAAUGCUGUGUUGAAUUUUGAUCUUAU